AUGUCUCUGGCGCGCCGCGACCACGGCUGUCCGCAAUGUCGCCGCCGGCGCGUGCGCUGCGAUAUGGCGGUGCCCGAGUGCCAAAAGUGCAUCAAGAAGGGACUCCACUGCAGCGGCCUUGGCUUCGAAUGCCGCUUCAGUGCGCACAUGAACAGCUCGGCAGAAGACAGCAGUCCCCGCCGCUCAGCGUCCACUACGUCCUCAUCGCCAGGAACCGUCGAGACCGCUCAGACACGGCCAGGAUCUGCGGGUGUGUCGCCAUCCCCAACUAAACGACACCGCCGUCAUCGCCAUCAAUCAAGUAUGAACCUUGAAGACCAAGAACGGAGACCUCCAUGUCUAGUUGACAAACCAAGCAAUCCCCAGGCGGACUAUUUGUUACUUGCGCCUGAUGUCCCGGACCACUGCCCUUCAGUCAAAGACACAGGCCUCGACAUUCUUGUCCAACCACGAACGCCCCAGGCCAUGAUGCUCUUCUCACACUUCUCAGAAUUCAUCGCAUCGAAGAUGGUAGUGUUUGACUCGAGCGACAAUGGGUACCGGCGCAUCAUCAUGCCCAUGGCGUGCCAAAGCGACGUGGUAAUGAGAGCCCUGUCGGUCGUGGCAGCCUUUCAUCUGGCUGGGAUGGGCAUAACGACCUCGACCGCGAGCAGCCUCCGCGCAGCCGCCGAAGCUGGGCAGCAGGCUAUCCUGUCCAAGCUAGUGCAGGACUCGAGGCAGCUAAACCCGGACCGUGUAUUCAGCAUGUCAACUUGGGCGGCUGUGCUGAUACUACUGGUCGGCGACACCAUCACUGGCUCAGACAACUACCCGCGGCUGCUCGAGAUGCUGCGCCACGUAUCGAGCGUCGUGAUGGGCUCGGGCUCGAGCUCACCCACCUCAACACGUACAACAAGGGAAGAGACUCGAGAUUUUCUCAUGCAACAGACGCGAAUGUUUGAGCUCCUUGGGUCCGCGCUGACCCAGCACGAGGAUAGAGCCCACGACAUUCUCUCGGGGCCAGUCGAGCCUUACCUGGCCUUUGCGUCUCCCGACCAUGUCAAGGCCCUCUCGGCCAACAACGACUCAGCUCAGCAGGUGGCGACCGUGAAACGCAUCCGCUCGGCCAUCCAAGCCGCAUGUGAGCUCUGCCGCGACCGUCUGCAGCGCAGCGUAUGCUUUGAGUGCCCGGCUGCUCGGCUGGACGCACUGCAGCAGUUGGUGGACGAGGUGGCCCUGCCCGGUGUCGACGGCGCCCAUGCGCUUGUGUGGCCGUGUUUCGUGGCGGCCGCCGAGGCCGUGUUACCUCGUCACCGCGACUUUUUCUCAAGUCGCCUGCGGGCUCUCUUCGCCUGCACGCAUUUCCACACGAUUCCACUGGCUCUCGACACGCUCACGCUGAUCUGGGAACACCAGGGAAGGCGCAAAUGGACACAGAUCAUCAUAUCUAUGCGGCCGAUACUGAUAAUGUAA